UGUGGAGGAGCUCAGGCGGUCCGGACACGAUGCGACGUCCCGCAAAAUGCAGGUGUAGCCGGCUUGCGUCGAUUCGGUCCAGAUUCGCCGGGGAUCCUUCCGCCCAGUGGGAGCCAGUGGUGCCCUACACCCGUGUAGGGAACGUGGCCCCAAUCCGAGUCACGGCACCAAGAUUGUUGUACCCCAACAAAGAGAGGUUCUUUUCUGGGGUUUUUGACCACGAACCUUUUGAGAACAGCAGAUAUGUCCCAGUCACAGUUUCUGUACUGCCCUUCUUGGGACCCUUGGAGGAUAGGCGCUAAAAGGCUUAUAAGAAGCAAGACAGGCCCAGUGAAUCAGAAGGCAAAGUCAACUCAGUUAGGCAUGAUCCAAAAUGACCAAUUUCAGCCCCAGUUUGAAUACAAGCCUGCAGGUUUACCAAGAGUGAGAUUUGCCUCCAGAGCAUUUGUUCGAACACUAAGAACUAGGGAACCUCUGAAUGAGGUUGAAGAGGUCUCUCCUGGCUUCACUUUGUCUCGCAGCAAAGAAGAAAUUGAGGUGUUACUGGGGGAAGAAUUUUUUGAGAAGAAAGAAGUUGUCAAGCCCAUUGUGUCUAACACUCCACCCAAGCUUGAGACGGAGGAUAUUAUUGCUGACUUGGUGGAACAGAUUUCUGAACUCACAGCCAUCAUGGAGCAAUUGCGCCGAGAUCACCAUACUACGCACAAACAGCUGGAGCAAGAAAUGGACGAUAAAUGCAAAGAGUUGCAAGAGGAACAUGAGCAUAAAACCAGGGAGCUUAAAUCAUGUCAUAUAAUAGAAAUGGCUGCUUUGGAAGAACAGUAUAAGAAAGAGCUGCGGACUGAGAGGGCAACAGCACAAGAGAAGCUGGCUGGGAUGCAGAAGGAAUACAAAUAUCUGAAGAAUGCAUUCCGUUUGUAUCAGGAUAGUAUUUCUGAUGAAAUGGAGGAGAAAUGGCUGAGAAGGCAAGCAGAAUGGAAAAAAAGUGAGAGGACUGAGCGAGAGAAGGCAUUGUUACAACAAAAGCAAACACUGACAAGAAGGUUUGAAAUAGAGCUAGAAGAACAUAAGAAGAUUAUUCAGAAUAACAGUUUUAUGUUGGAUGAAGCCUACCAACAUGAGAAAGAGGAGUUUAAAAAGCAGCAUGAGGAGAACAUGAAAAAAAUAACCGAGCUGAAUGAAAAGUUAGGGGCUUUGGAGAAAGAGCUGAUGGAGAAGAAUGAGACUUUGAAUGAUAUUGCUUCAUCUCUCCACAAUACGGAACUGGAGCUCCGGAAUGAGAAAGCUAAUAUGGCAGAGAUGGAGAAAAAUAUCCAGCUGCGAAUUGCAGCAGUUGAAGAGAAAAAUCGAAUUCAUAUCACCUCUUUGAUAGAGGAAAAUGUAGUUCUGAGACGCAAGCUUAUUGAGAAAAACGAAGAGAUCUUCAAUGAGCGUGCUCGAAGGAGUGGCAUCUUUGAGUCAUUUGAGUGGGGCCAGAAGUGAAAAGCCAACGUGGCAGACUGAGAUGAGCAUCCUUUUCUUCAGCAGCUCCUGCAUUUAAAGCCGGAUUUGCAAUCCUAGAGUAAUCAAAUAUUAUUUGCUAACAUGUCAUUGUGGUGAUCACUUUUUUAUAUAUUAGCUACUGCCAAGUGUUGAUGUUUCUUUAGGGAGAGUUAGUCAUGCCUUGCUCCUUCUAAAUUUAAGAUGGGGCUGCUGUUCGCUCACAGUUUGUACAUGUAGAGGUAAGGUAUGUAUGUCAUAAUUUUAAAAAAGAACAACUAAGGAGCAUAUCCCAGCCUAACUUAAGUCCUACUUAUUUCAAAGGAGAAUAGCUAAGCAUAAGCUUAACUUACUCACUGAUAACAGUGGGACUUUAAAAUUACUUUUGUCUCCAUCAUGCUCAAGAGUGUGUUCAGAGUUAUAAACCACCUGAAGCAUAAUUAAGGCUUUGCUUGAAUGUUACAUUACCAUGCCAGGUAACUGAGCUUCUACAUUAAGUAUUAUAUUAAUACAUUCAGACCCUCAAUUGUUUGAACCCGUGUGAGAGCUCAUAAUGUGGAACUUACUAGAACCGGUUGUUAUGUCUGCCACAAGUAGAACUUUGUCCUGCAUUUGCUGUGUAGAAAGAUAUAAAAUUUAAGACAGAACACUG